GACUUUUAUUUUGAACAGGUCCCGGAACACACCGGAAGUGCCGUGAAUUGUCGGCUUUCUGCCCCAGCUCAGGCGUUUGUUUGAAAUGGACCAGUUUCCCUGAAAAGACAUGCUGCUGCUGCUGCUGCGUUAUUAACACUUUAUAAAGCUUAAUAACUCUUAAUAACCCUUCACACCAACUGAUACAGAAAUGGCGGCCGAGAGUGUGAGCGUGGUGUUUAAGCUGUACUGCCUGACGGUGAUGACGCUGGUUGCCGCGGCGUACACAGUGGCGUUGCGUUACACUCGCACGGUGCCUUCGGAGCUCUACUUCUCCACCACCGCUGUCUGUCUCGCUGAGAUCAUCAAACUGCUCCUGAGUUUAGGAAUGCUUGCCCGCGAGUCAGGUGGGUUGAGGAGGUGUAAUAGCGUGAUCUUAGAACAGGUGCUUAAUCCCGUAGAGGUGUUGAAGCUCAGCGUGCCGUCUGUAGUUUACGCCCUGCAGAACAACAUGGCCUUCCUCGCUCUCAGUAACCUGGACGCAGCUGUCUAUCAGGUGACGUAUCAGCUGAAGAUCCCGUGUACGGCUCUGUGCACUGUGCUGAUGCUGAACCGUUCUCUCAGCCGCAUGCAGUGGUUCUCCGUCUUCAUGCUGUGUCUGGGGGUCAUCCUGGUCCAGUGGAAGCCUGCUGAGCUCACUAAGGUCCAGGUGGAUCAGAACCCCAUCGUCGGCUUUGUGGCCAUCGCCAUCGCAGUUCUCUGUUCUGGAUUUGCAGGUGUGUACUUUGAGAAGGUGUUGAAGAGCUCGGAGACGUCUCUGUGGGUGAGGAAUAUUCAGAUGUACCUGUCGGGGAUCGCCAUCACACUGCUGGGUGUGUACAUGACGGAAGGAGCGAAGGUGAUAGAGAAAGGCUUCUUCUUCGGCUACACGCCGUGGGUCUGCGUCGUCGUCUUAUUAGCCAGUGUCGGUGGUCUCUACACGUCUGUGGUGGUGAAAUACACAGAUAACAUAAUGAAGGGCUUCUCUGCGGCGGCGGCCAUCGUCCUCUCCACCAUCGCCUCCGUCACACUGUUCGGCCUGCAGAUCACGAUGACGUUCUCCACCGGCGCGCUGCUCGUCUGCGUCGCCAUUUACCUGUACGGUUUACCCAAACAGGACACCAGCACGCUAACCAAAGCUAGCGAUGAUAUCAAGGCUAGCAAAGAGAAGCUAAUCCACGUCUGAGGAUGGAGACGUGAAGAAGAGACGCUCGACACGUCUCUCUUUAAAACACUAGUUAAUUCUGUCAUGUCUCCAUUUCAUGGUAGAGGCGGAGCCUAGCGUGGACAGAAAAAAGGGGCGGGGCCAACAGGAGCCUGGAGUAAACCAGGACCUGUGAAAUUGUAUUCAUUAUUUCCUUAAUGGGGUUCAAUCAAUGUUUCUGUUUCUGUCUUUUUUUUUUUCAUCCCCUGUUCUCUACAGCCUGGGAAGUGCACUAGGGCUGUUCCCUUUCCCCUAGACUACAGUGUUGGACACUGACCUGCUGCAGUGCAUUGUGGGAUAUCAGAGAUGGGCUGGAUUUUCUGCACUCAGCUUUCAGAUGUGAUUUUAUAAGAAAGGUUGAUGUAAAAAAUCAGCCACAGCCAUAUAGGGUGAAACUAAUUUACAUAUUACCAUGUAAGGAUUAUCUAAUUUACAUAUUUACCACAGAGAUGUGAAUGCUAUACACACUUCAAUUACUUAAACACACACACACACACACACGGACUGUUAGAAGUGUUGCUUAAUCAGUUGUUAUUUCACCAUAUUUAAAAAUUUGUUAUGGAAUUUUUUUGCAAUAAUUUCAGUAAUUAAUCGUGAAAUAAAUCGUAGUGUGUGUAAGAAAUCA